CUCUCUAUAUAUCUCUUCCCCCCUUCCCCUCCGCAUCCACAACAUAAAAACCACCCCUUCCUCCCUCUUCAGCUUCUAAAUAGCUUACUCUCAAGUCCUUCUUUCCUUUCUUUCUAUAUAUUUUUUCUAUAAAAAAAAUCACCAUUACAUCCAUGUCUGACCAAGUAAACGGCGCGUCAUCUGGUAUUACCGUUGUACGUAAGAAGCUCCAAGGCUAUGUUGGAUUUGCCAACCUUCCCAACCAAGUCCACCGCAAGUCUGUCAAAAAAGGCUUCCAAUUCACUGCCAUGGUUGUUGGUGAAUCCGGUCUUGGUAAAUCUACCUUGGUCAACACUCUUUUCAACACUUCUCUUUAUCCUCCCAAGGAGAACACCGAAUUGUCUCAUGAGACUCCUCAGACCGUCGAGGUCCAGUCCAUUACCUCUGAUAUUGAAGAAAACGGUGUCAAGCUCAGAUUGACUGUUGUGGACACACCCGGCUUUGGUGAUUUCGUGAACAACGAGGAAAGCUGGAAGCCUAUUCUUGACAACAUCGAGUCCCGCUUUGAUGCCUAUCUUGAGCAGGAGAAUCGUGUGAACCGUCGCCGUAUGGUCGAUAACCGUAUCCAUGCGUGCUUGUACUUCAUCGCCCCCACCGGUCACGCCUUGAAGCCUCUCGAUGUCGAAUUUAUGCGUCGUCUCCACACCCGUGUCAACCUCAUCCCUGUCAUUGCCAAGGCCGAUACCCUGACCGAGGAAGAGGUUGCCGCUUUCAAGAGACGUAUCUUGGCUGACAUUAAUUACCACAAGAUCCAGAUCUACCAGGCACCCGUUUACGAAUACGAUGACAAGGAGACCGUUGCUGAGAACCGUGAGAUCAUGUCCAAGAUUCCUUUCGCUGUCGUCGGUUCCGAUAAGGAAUUCGAAGUCGAGGGUGGACGCCGCGUCCGUGGCCGCAAGUACCCUUGGGGUGUCAUUGAGGUUGACAACGAAGAGCACUGCGAUUUUGUCAAGUUGCGACAGAUGUUGAUUCGCACACACAUGGAAGAACUCAAGGAGUUCACCAACGACGUUUUGUACGAGAAUUACCGUACCGAGAAGCUGCAGGCUAUGGGUAUCCAGCAGGAUCCUUCGGUAUUCAAGGAGGUCAACCCAGUCCAGAAGAUGGAGGAGGAGCGUAUUGCCCAUGAGCAGAAAUUGGCCAAGAUGGAGGCCGAGAUGAGAGCCGUCUUCCAGGCCAAGGUCCAGGAGAAGGAAACCAAAUUGAAGCAGUCUGAAGAAGAGCUCUACGCCCGUCACAAGGAGAUGAAGGAGGCCCUUGAGAAGCAGCGCUUGGAAUUGGAGGAGAAGAGACGCCGCAUGGAAUCAGGCAGACCCAUGACACCCGAAAAGGCAUCCAAAAAGAAGGGUUUCUCGUUCAACAAAUAAGGAAUGCCCUUUGCAUUAGAAUUAUAUAAAAAAAACUAACUAACAAACAAGCAAACAAGCCAACAGACGGGAAAAAUUAUUCAAACCAAAUUCCCUUAUGAAACCCCACACCCCUUUUUUAUUUUUUUUCUUUAUUUCCCUCUCUCUAUCUCACACUAUCUCUCACUCACACACAUUCUAUAACUCUUCACUUUUCUUCCCUUUAUCACCAUAAUUCAAAGUCUUAAUACCAGUUUUUCUUAUUUAAAUAAGCACACAAAAUGUGUCCAGUCUUUUUUUUUAUAUUUUUUAUAAAAAAGAAUAUUGUAUAAAAUAAUAAUAAUAAUAAUUAUAGACCUCUAGACUAACACAAAUCUUCGAGAUGGAAGGCCUUGACCAGGAACAUCAACAAUAAGCUUUUUGAAUUCCCACUUGUCCUUUUCAUCCUUGAUCAUUUCGAGCAUGCCAGUACCUUCACUAUCUGAUCCCUCGAGAUAAAACUUCAUGAAAAGAUGUGGAUGACCAAGAUGAUCAUCAACAACUUGGUAAUUAAUGCGUCUGUUGCGGCGCAUACGGUUUCGGCUUGGGGAUCCAAAGCUCUUUAUUGGUUCACCAAGCACACGUACGAGUUCCUCAUUAGCCUUGGCACGAUCUACUGCUUCGCUAAAGAUAGAAGUGGAGCUCUGGGAGCUGAAUAGUUCGGAAGUCACAAAGUAGACCAAACCAAUGGUCAAGGUUGCGCCAGUCAAUAAGAGACCGAUAUUGAAGGUUGCCUUUGAUGCAGCGACGACUUUUUGAGGAUUAGUAAGGUCCUUCCAUUCCUUAGCUGUUUGCUGGGAAAUAAGAUGUCCAGGCCGUCUAGGAGGCUGCUGUGACGAUGCUUGCACAAAUGAACGCGUCCAUUGUUGACGUGAGGGGUUGAGGGCAGUAAUUCGACGGGGUUGGAUUCUUGAAAUAAAGGACAUGACGGCUGACAAUACAAGUUCCGGUUUUGGGAGUCUGGUUGUGUUU